AUGGCAAACAACAGCUCAUUGGUUGGUGGUGGGUUCUUGCCGCGACAGAUCAAUGACAGCGUCAUUAUUGUGCAGAUUCUGGUGAUGGUUUUUCUUUCAAUCAACUUGUUGCUGGUCAUGACCUUUUUUAAAAAGGAGUGCUUCUACACAAGUGCUCGCUACAUCUUAUUUGCUGUUACUCUACUGUCUGAUAGCUUGUUGUUGUUCAUGUCUGAUAUCCUGCUCAUCUUUACCUAUUUUGAGUUUACCCUGCAAGUUUGGUUGUGUGUCAUUGUCUGUGUUGUGCCACUUCUGUACAUUGUAGUCACACCAGUUACUCUGACAGCAAUGACCCUGGAGCGCUAUGUGGCCAUCUGCAUGCCCCUGCGCCAUGGAGAGCUGUGCUCCACACGCAAUACUAUGCACAGUAUCCUCAUCAUUCAUGGCCUCAGCUCUGUGCCCUGCAUUGUUGUUCUCUGCACCUUGUUUGCAUCAGCAUCUCUUAGUUUUUACAAGCAGCACAAUGUAUGCUCUGUGGAGAUAUUCUCUUUGUACAGGUGGCAGGAUCACAUCAGGUCAGCUGUGCAUCAGCUUUACUUUUUGAUUAUGUGCAUCAUCAUUAUUUUCUCCUAUGUUAAAAUCAUGAAAGUGGCCAGAGCUGCAUCAGGAGAGGAUAAAAAGUCAACAUGGAAAGGGCUCAGAACAGUUCUUCUUCAUGGUUUCCAGCUGCUGCUCUGUCUCAUCCAGCUGUGGUGUCCAUUCAUAGAAACCGCUGUACUUCAGAUUGAUUUCAUGUUGUUCGUUCAAGUUAGGUACUUUAACUACAUAAUGUUUAGUCUUGCUCCAAGAUGUCUGAGUCCUCUCAUUUAUGGCCUCAGAGAUGAAGCAUUUUUUCAUGCAUUGAAAAACUAUGUAUCCUUUGGCUGGUAUAAAAGAAAUAUUUGA